AUGUCAUUUCAAGGCAGCGUUACCAAGUCGAGUCUACGCAAUUCUCACCUGAAUCCCAUGCGGCUACCCAUGAGUCCAGAGAAAAGCAGGUCCUUGGCGGCUGCUGUUGCAUUGACUAGGACUCUUGGUGCGUCGUCGCGCAGACGGUGUGCUCUUGGGAUGGGCAGCUUCGAGAUUGCGUCGUUGGGUCGGAUAGAUUGCUUUCCGAGGCAGUCGCAUAUAGAGUAUGACGACCGCACGAUGCGACACGAUUCUGGGCUCCUUAGCUGGAGUGAAUUUUCAGAUGAUAGAGGAUUUGACGGUGGGGUUGUUGAGCUCGAUGGUUUGGUCUCGGACAUGGACUAUGUCGCGAGCAGGAAAGGCGUCAAUAGCCACGACGGCAAGAGUGUGGGCCUCAGUACGGAUUAUGAUGCAGACAUGAUGCAUACUCGCCGCAGCAAGCGCAAGGCCGACGUCCUCGACGAUACCAUCGACACCAUGGCAAGAAGCACCACGCCUGACACAUUUCAGGCUCCAACAAGCAAGAGCGCCCUCAUCGCGGCGGGUAUUCUGAAGGACAGGAGCGAGCUUGCAACGACUCGCAAGACCAUUAUUGCUGGGAAUGAUACCGUCGUCAACGUGCCAAACGAUGCCGUUAUCGAUAUGCAGGGCAGUUCCACCGUCAAUAUGCAGAGGAAUACCGUCGUCAACAUGCAGAUCGCCGCAACGUCAGAUCUCGACAGCGGCAUGGCUACAGAUUCUCAAGCCACCAUCUCUGCUGCGAGAGACACCCUGUUCAUGAUGACUGGCUCCAAUGAUGCGGACCCCAUGAUGAUCGAUUCGGAAUACGAUGCCAUCAUUGACUCGCACAAUGAUACGAUCAUGACCUCAGACAGUGACCACCAAAACGCUAGCCCUAUACUACGCCCCCUUGACUACCGUGAAUCCCGUCUUACGACCCAACGCCAGAUCAAGAAGCAGAUGGUACUGCUUUCUGAGAAAACCAGGCGUGAAGAACAAGAGAUACUAUUUCAAAGGCGAAAAUAUAAUGUAUGGAACAAGUAUUGA